GUCAUCUAUAUUGGUAUUAAGUCACAUAGCCAUGUUUAGCAAAGUUUUGUAUCGAACGUAAAGUAUUUGUAGGGACCAGAUUAAUUAAAGAAUAAUCAGUUAAUAACGUGUAUUAUUCUUUAAAAAGUGGUAGAGACGUAUUAAUUGAAAAACUAUAAAACAUAUGAUAAAACAUAAAAAUACACAAUUUAUUUAACUUGUAAAUAUGAAACAACUUUCAACAACAUCGAUCAACCUAAUUUAACGAAGUUUUAAAAGAAAAGAUUGAACGUAAAUAAUAUUUGUGUGCAAGAAUUGAAUGGUGAAUUCAUAGAAAUUGUGUUAUAAGGUAAAUAAAUAUGACGGCGGCAAUUAAAACGUUAUGGAAGCAAGCAUUAAAUACGUUUGAAGAACGGAGUAAUGUCGGAUUUAAGCUUUGUCAAAAGAACUUUGACAAAUUGCGGUACUUGAUGAACAAGAUUACAGCCGAAGACGUAAAUUUAAAUAAACAGAUCCUUGAUUUUAUUCAAGUACAGCAUGCUCCGAUGUGGGUAAUUGAUAUAUUUGAAAAUAAAGACUUUGCUAUUUCAAUUUUUAUAUUGAAACAUGGAUUUACAAUGCCAAUACAUGAUCAUCCUGGAAUGUAUGGAUUUUUAAAGGUAAUCAGUGGUGUAGUCCAAGUAAACAAUUAUACUCUGAAGCCAAAUGAGGAUCAUACAAUCAGAUUAAACAAAGAAGUAAUGGCAUAUAGACAUAAACAAAUAUCAUUACAUAGCAAUUCACCUGCUUGUACUCUUACACCAAGAGACAAAAAUUUACAUGAAAUUACAUGUAUUGAAGGACCCGCUGCAUUUUUGGAUAUACUUAGUCCUCCAUAUGAUGUAGAUGAUUCUGGAAAAGGUCCAAGACCAUGUACAUUUUUCAGAACUGUUAGUAGUUCCAAGCUAUGUACAGAUUCAGAUAUAGUGGAAGAAGUUAAAUUGGUGGUUAUUGAAGGUCCACCAGAUUUCUAUUCUGGAAGCCUUAAAUACACAGGACCACCUUUAAUGUGACCUGAAGUGUCAAAAAAUAUUUCUUGUUCUGUUUGUUAAAAAGUUUUGCAUUUUGUUGAAUUAAUUUACGUUUAUAAUUAUAAACUUUUAAGAAUAUUUAAAUUCUAAUUGAAUGUAUAAUAUUGGUGUUUAUUUCUUGUACCUUUUUGCAGAUAUGUAAGUUUAUGAAUACAUAUACAUUGUUUAGAUAAGC